AUGAGUAAGACUAAGGCGGAGAAGCCUAAUACUUCCUCUGAUGAAUUGACGCAGAGUGUAUCACAGUAUUUCACAACACUCUCCACGAACAUUCAAAAAGCCGACUUUUUAGUGAAAGAGUCAGACCUCGACACAUUAGAAACAUUUGUCUUAGUAUUAAAUGACGUUUCUUCUCAGACGACUUCACAAGAGAAAGAGUUCAUGUUGAGAGUUAUAACAUAUACUUCAUACUUCAUUAACACAGCGUCAUAUGAAUGGGCGUCCCUUCGUUCAUACUUCACUACUGAACGUAUAAAAAAGGUUGUCACGUCAUACAUUCACUUCAUCGUGAUGUACUUGGACGAUUUGACUAAGUCGCAAAACACGGAAUUGAUCCCACGUAAGACGGAGUUGCUCUGUUUGAACGCGUCACUCCAACUGUUAACCGACGUCGACGCAUUCUGUGACUUCACUCAACUCUCAAAAUUGGCUUCGAAGUUGAAUGGAAAGGUCCCGACCCUCUCGAAAGAGUGUUUGGAUACAAUGAAGAGUGUGUUACUUGGGAAGAAGGAGUUAGUGGUGAGUGACAUCAAUGUCCUCGACAAGACUGCAUUAAAAAGUCUGUUACUUGAAGAUGUCACGCGAAAUGAAAACGUCGAAGAGAACGUCAAGCUGAUUGGGAGAAUUGUGAUAGAAGCGCAACGAACGUUCAACUACGACGAAUUUGGCAUUUCGAAGUAUUUUGAGUUUCUUCGAGUUCCGAUCCGGAAUUUGAAGAACCAAUUUACUACACAUAAAGACACUGACGCGGCGAGUAAAGAAGUAUUAGAAAUAGUUGGGAAUAUUCUGCUCUUCUUGAUGAAUACAUUCCAAAAGUUUGAGCCGACGUGCGUGGGGAGAGUCGCACAACUGUUAGUUGAUUUGACUGAACUUCAUGACACAUUCUCAGAAGGCAAAUUCCACAACCAAUGCGAGGACUUGGUUACUCUUAUAUACUCUACGACUGUUAUCAUUGGGGAUAAUAUAGGGAAUGUGACAGUGCUCACUAACAUGCAAGCGUAUUGUGCGUCACAUUUGUUCUUAACUCUUUUACCCUCCAAUUUCAACUUAAAGGAGUUUAUGAGCAAUUUAAACGAUACAAAAGAUGUGACGGAAAUGCCGUGUUUGUAUCCGAUGGCAGUUGCUUUAACGUUCUCAAGAGAAGUCUUUCAAAAGAUUGCGAGUGACAAGAAAUAUGUGGUGGACGAGAGUUCAUAUAGAAAUGUGUCAUCGACGGAGUUAAAACUGAAAGUGUUUGAUGUCUCAUUCGACGCACUUGCACUACAAACGAACGCAGUACUUGCGACUAUCAUUCUCUCACCAAAUGGAGCAUUUUUAGACACCAUUUUUGCUCUCCUUGUCCUCAGCUUUUUGAGUGUAGGGUUUCAAGAGACUUUGGUGAGUAAAGUGAGCAAACAAAGCAAAGGAAGACCCGUGCGACCAAUCAGAGAAGUUGCUGAGAAGUCCAAUAAAAUGAUGAAGUCGAUGACGCGACUCAACUUCUCAACAACAAAAACAGAAGAGAAGAGUCCGAUGAAGUCAUCUGCUUUCCUCAAAAGUCCACGAACGAUUUCUACACUGAAACUUAAUGUUACUGGUGCUAAAUCACCAAGAAAAGAUGGACUUGUUUCACCACGGAAAGACGGUCUUUUAUCGCCAAGGAAAGAUGGGAUGGUCUCACCAAGGAAGUUGAGUAGUAACGAAACGAUUCCGAAUAAGACUGAAGAGGUACAAAUGUUAUCUUCUAAUACUACAACAAUUAAGAAUAAAGGGGAAAUAACGACGGAAGUGGAUUAUGACAUCACGCGAUCACUGCCGUUAUAUUUGUCGAUAUACGUCUUUGGAGAAUCAAACAAUGAAGAACUCAGAAAUUACGUGAAGAAGUAUUUUAAUGCGAUACAUUUGGACGUGAUCAUAUUCUUAACAUCAGUGCAGUCUGUGUCAGCUCCAUUAAUUAAAAAUACAACAAGUCCAUGUGGGCCUUUGGUGAAGGAUAGAGAGACUAUUAUGAACUUAAGAAGUCUGUGUAGUUCGCUAGUGAAUUAUAAUUGGUUGUCAGACCAAUUGAUGGGAUAUUUGAUUCGAAAACAAGCAAAGGAGUAUCCUGUAGUAGUUCCUGUAGAGUUUCUCGUCUUUCUUGCGCGUGUGUGGACGAUCAGAAUAUCAUCAAGAAAGAAAGAUGAAACGAACAAAGAAGAUGAUGAUAUGCAAGCAGUUAAUUUGUGGGAAUCAAUGAUAAAAACACUCGAGAAGAAUAUGAAGGAGAAGAAUUGGAAUGGGGGAGAGAAUUUAGCACAUGAAUACGUCCUUUUGAUGUUAUUGAUAUACACAUCUUUCAAAGAAGAGACGAAACAAGGGUUCAUCAAGAAGAUGUUCAAUUUGUUGACCAAUUUUAAAGACAAUUUGAAUAACCAGACGAAGCUUAUUAUAUCAAGAGUCACUUUAAUGCUCCACUUCAUGUUAACGUAUACACUGGAAAACGCUUCUGAAUUGAUGGAAGAGAUCAGAAGAGUGUUAAUGUCACGUAAAGUCAUAUUGGAAGAGUCUGAGAACUUAGAGGUACCUCAGUAUUUCGAGAUGAAUACCUCAAUGUUCGACGACUUGAAAAGAAGUCAAAGGACGAAUAUACCUCCCUAUGGAUAUGCCAAGUUCUAUACAAUCAUGCGAGACGAGACACAUGACCGACUUUUGAAUAGAAUGAGGAAGGCGAUAUCUGAGAGGAAAGCAAAUAUCGACGGAUUAAUGAAAGAGAGUAUGUAUAACCAAGGGUACAUUCAAUUACUCGACUUGUUGAAAAUGAAGAACAAAGAAGACGACGUCUUCUCACAAAUAUUGCGAGAGUACUUGUUCCAUAAUGUUGUGUCCCUCCUCUCUUUGUUACCACCACCAAAAAGUAUAUACUCGAUAUUCACACAAUCAAAGCCAUUCACUACUUUUGGACUGAAUGAUGGACUGAUAGUCAUGGGACUCUGGCUGAACAUUUACACGUAUGAUAUUGUCCAAGCCCCCGAUGGCAUUUCCAAAAACGCAAAAGAAAUAUUCAAAGACGUCUUGUCAACUUUAAAUGCAAUUUCUGAAGAACUGAAAACAAAGUGCGAGUGGCACGCAGAAGCCGCAGCAAAGAUCUUCAUUGACACGAUCAAUUGCCAUAUCUGGACGCCCGAGAUGGUAGCCGGUGUUGUUCGUAAAAUGGAGGAAGCGAAUGAAGUAGAGGAGGAAGUAGUAGAAGACGACAAUUUACUUGUUCGGAAGAAAGUCGUUAUAAAGAUCAAAGAAGAUGACAAAGUAGAAGACGGUAAAGACGUAACACAGCGAGAGAUGUUAUUGAGUGAAUUGAGGACUGUUUCUACUAUUGCGGAGUACCAAGAGAAUCCAAAUGAGAAGAAGAAUGUAGUUCAGAGUAAGAAGGUCAAUAAAAUGUUUAUAUUAGACAACGUCCCAAUCGUCCCCAUCUCUGAAUAUGGUCAGGCGUGCUUUGAAAUGUGCGUCAAGAGUCCAAGUAGUCUCUUUGAAAUCCUAGCCAAAUACAUUCGCUUGUUUGCAGAGGAAUUAAAACAGAAGUGGCCGGACUUUAUAUAUACGAGUGGGGUCCCCAAAGUGAUUUCUGCGUUGUUGGUGAACAUCAUGUACCGCGGGAUUUCUUUUGAAGUGAUCGAGGACUUACUCAUCGAGUUGGGUGGAGGCGAAAACUCGAAGAAAGCGACAGAGGAGUUUGGUGAUCGGAUUGGGUUUACUAUGAAAGAGGUAGUCAAUCCAAUAGGGUAUCUUUUAGAAGGCGUCUGUUACCACCCAAUCACUGCAACGACUCGAUCGAAAAUCAGUUCGACGCAAAUGAUGAUAGAGAGUGUUUUGCGGUUAGCGCAACAAGUGUGUGAGAGAGAUAAUAUAGUUGGGAACUAUCAACAGAAUGUCUUCAUGAAAGACCUUUUCCGACUUUCUGGGAGUUAUUUGGGGAAGUUUGUAUUUGCAGAGACUGAGGCUGUAGCGAAGAGAUUGUGUGGUGAGAAUUUAGCUGGGCCGAUGAUGAGUCAGUCAGUGAUGCCGAUCAUCGAUGACUUCAUCGAUGGGUUCUUAAUUAACUAUCAAAAAGGGAAGAAGAAAUACCACCAGUUUGUUCCUAUUGUGAGAGCGUUUUUCGAUGUGAUGAAAGACAAAGUCGAUGAAGUGAUGGAUGCAAAGAGUCAUGGACGUGUUGGAGGAGAGAUGUAUUACUAUCAAUUAAAUAGUUACCAUCGAAAACCAAGUGUGAUGAUCUAUUUGAAAUGUGCUGCAGAAGUAAGUGACAAAGAGUUAGGAGACUCUAUCAUGUCUUUUGUUGAACGUCUGUGUCAAGCUAGUCCGGAGAUCAAAGAAGAGAUCUCUACCGCAAUUGAAGGGGGUGGAGGAGACUUAUUUGCGGCGUGGGCGGUACAAAAGAUAGUCGGCUACACUGAUGAAAUGAAUAUCUUCAGACAUGCAGAAACACAGAGCACAGUGACCUUCUUUGCUUUUGUUACAAAAAUUAUGAAGAUCAAUGCGGUCACUGGGAAUUCAUCUGCUUCUGGCACCAUCAAUUCAUUGACUAAAGCAUUCAAAACAGUCUUUGAAAAGUACCCUGCCCACAUCAAUCGAUACUUUAGAGUGGUCUCCGAAUUUGCACUGGAGGCCGGAGACUUCUCCACUGUAGUUAUUGGAUUGAAUGGGUGGCUUCAAGGGAUCAUAGAAAGUGUGAAGAGUUUGGAUCAUGAACAAGUCGAAGGGAUCAGUGGGAUGUUAAAUGAGCUUCAGAAGAUCGUUAUGCGUGUCCCGAUACCGGAGAAGAAGGUGAAGAGUAACAUCGAUGACAACGCGAAGUGUACGAAGGAGUUUGAACAGUCGUAUGUCCAACCCAUGUACCAUUGUUAUACUUGUGAAGUGGAUUGUUGUGCUGUUUGUGUGAGAAAUUGUCAUGACGGACACGACACUGUAUAUAUAGGUAGGGAGUAUUUCAACUGCCCGUGUGUGUGUAAAACAGAGGAAGAGCGGAAGAAGGAAAGGAAGAGAAAUAAAGAAGACGUCGUGAAGGACAAAAAGCAACAACUCAUCUUGCGUGCAUUAAAUCGUGAUUCAAUGUUACCAAGUGUGUUAAACAAAUUAUUACAAAUAGUCGAGAAGAGCGACGACGAGUGGAAGGAAGUCAAAUUAGUUGGGAAGAGUAAAGCCCUUGACGCGUUAUUUAAGAAGCGGAUUAUGUCGCAAUAUGAAGGGAUAGCUUUAGGGUUUACAGAGAAAUGUGUUGGGAGCAAAGAAUGGCUGAAAAUGGCGACGUCGCAGAAUACGCGAAGUAUACCAUUGAUAGAAAAGGGAGUUAUGAAGCAGAAUUUGAUCUGUUGCGACAGCACUUAUUUGUAUCACGUGUAUCAGCGCAAUGAAGUUCACAAAAUUGAAUUGAAAGAAUUAGCUGAACAGAGUGAGAGGAAAGAAGAAGAUAUCUCUCUCGAAGUACCUUUUGAGAUAGUCGAGGUGAUCAACAAUCCCUUCAAAGAUGGAGUUAUAGCUGUCUCUGGAUUUAGAAAUGUAGAAGUCCUGUUGUGGACUCAAGAAGAAACAAAGCAAAUUGAUAUAGUGAUGGAUUGUAUUGAGAAGGAUGUCUUCAUUAUGGAAAUCAAAUUUAUUGAUGCAAAGACACUUGCUGUUAUUACACCGACAUUUGUGAGGAUCUUUAGCUUAGAUUCGUACUAUAUAGACCGGAUCUCGAUGAUAGAAAGUAUAGCAGAAUAUCGCCCAAUUGUUGGUGACAUCUUGUCAUGCGUCAUUACAGCAACGACGCCACGGAAAAUCGUGAUGAGUACGUCUGAGAAUGCGAUAUUAUCAGAGGACCUCCCCACUGAAUUUUCGACUGAAAAGGUGAGUAAAAAACUCGAUAUGGAAUAUCGAAGUGGGUUGAUUGAAGGAGUAUAUAUCUUGAGAUACCUUCAACGUGAAAAUCUGUUGCUAGCGAUCAAUGAGGAAUUUGACUCGUGGUUCUUGUUGUUGAACUCGAAAGGCGAGAUGGAGAAGACGAUUGCAACGACGUUUGAAUUUGUGCCGACGACAUUCUUAGAAACGACGGAGAACACGUUGAUCUCAGUAUCACAGGAAAUGAAGUGCGUAGUCGCUCAUAAGUUGUUUGAAGAUGGAAUGAAUUACUUGAAGUUGUAUGAGAACAAGAAUGUCGGUGGGAUGUGUUACGACGCUUCUCGGAAGAUUGUGUAUGUUGCGACGAAAGAUGGAGACCUUGUUGCUCUGAGUGAGACGGAAGAACUUGAAACCAUCGAGAAACUCAAACCAAAGAAUUUGACGUCACAGACGUUCUUUGAGAACUACGAGUGUGUCCCAGCAGACCAAUGUGAAGUGCAAGAGUCGAGGAGUAAGAUCAUAGUUCCGAGUGGUGGGGUUACUCUAUAUAAAACACACAUGUAUGUGAAGAAUAAGGUGAUUCGUGGCAUCAGAAUACUUGUUGGAGAGAAGUCGCCAAAGCAGAUCAAUUUUGCAAAGAGGAGUUUCCCUAUUGGAGAGGGUAAUAGGUGGUAUGAUAUCCCUUUAAGUAAAGAAGAGGCUAUUGACACGAAACCACUGAUGUUCUCAUAUUGCUCGGAACCCGGAAAUGAGACGUCGUUGCAAUUUGAGGCGGUCAAAGUCUAUGCAGAACGCGACGAACUAUUUAACUACGAAGAACGGAAAGAAGACAAGUUUGGCAAGAUGAAAGAAGACGAAGAGAAAGCGACAGUUAACACAGCGGAAGAGCUUUGUAAGACCGCUGUUGAAAUUAUCGAGUCGAUAUUUAUGGUCACGAGAUACUCGAAAGACAGAGAUGCGUCGAAGAGUCUUAUUGUCGAGACACUCGACCGAUUGAAAACAAAAAAGUUUAAAGUCCUCGAGAAGUCGUGUGAAUCGACAAAGAAGAGUUUGGUCAACGACGAUCAGUCGCAAACUUUAGUUACUGAGUACUUGAAACUUAUUAACGAGAAUAUGAGAAAGAACAACACUAAAGAAGAAUGGGUAAAGUACAUAUUAUAUGUGAAUGAUGCACAUGUAGAGUACCAACAAGCUCUAAUGGACUAUAACAAUACAAAUCCAAGGUUUGUCACGAACCUUUGUGGUACUAUUUUGAGUCAAGUUGAGUUGACGGAGUCACUUGUUUCGUGCAUUACAACAACAUUAAUGAGGAACAUCGACAUCUUCCAAAAUUAUAAGGCUCACUAUAAACAACACUUUGAGGUUUUGAAAACAAUUUUCAGUUUGCCUAUGAAAUUGGCUGAGGCCGGACUAAACGCCGUCUGCUGUUAUUAUCAAGAAGUCGAGCCUCGAUUGGAAGACACAAGUUACAUAGUACGUAUAGUCACACAAGUCGCCAAAAUAGUCUCCACGGAAAAGAAAAUCGAAGAACAUGGAGGUGAAGUGCAAAUUGAAUUUGUGUCGAAUGUGCGACAAAGUCUCCAAGCCAUUCAAGCCAAUUCGAACGAAGAGAAGAUGCACACUGUCACUGAGACACAAGAAGUGGAUUUCACUAAAGUAGUCAAUGAAAGGGCGUUUGUUGAAGUCGAUGAGAAGAUGAAUGCAAUACUCAUAGGGUUACUCGACUGUUUGUCUUUGUUGACGGACACCCCACAACGAUUUGAAGUGUGCGCUAUUGCACUCUACUGGAUUUUGUUCCAACAGAACUACCGAAUUUCAGAGGAACUUGCUCUUACGAUAGUCGACAGAUUAAUUGCAGUCACGGAAGAAAGUAAGACCGAGACAACGUAUAUCUGUCUGUUACUUUUGAGUCACUUCUUAGGGUCUUUGGACUUUGAAUACUACCAACAAUACACGCGAAACGUUCUUAAGAGGACAAUGUAUGACUAUUUGGGUGGCAUACUUCCACUGCCUUCUGUUGCACAGUCGCGUUCAUUUGCGGGUGCGAUCACACAGUCGAAGCAAAAGGUGAAAGAAACUCUCUUCUCUAUAUUUGGAAAGGAAGUUGAGAAAGUCAGUGAGAAGAAGUGUGAACAGUUUAACACAGAGAAGACGUCUACUUCACGUCUUCCGUUCACCGAAGAUGAUGUUGUGUUAUAUGAAGAGAUUGAUGUCAAGAUGUGUCAGGUCAUAGUAGAUAUCAUGUACUUCAUGUUUAACUACAACAGAGACAUGCAGAUAGAAAACACCGACAAAGACAUUUGGGAGAACUCAGUGCAGAAAUUGGCGACGGAUCCGUUAUUCAAAGGAGCGAGUUAUGGGGCUAAAAGAAUGUUAUAUCAAUUUGGAGGAGGGUCCUAUGCAUAUCACGUCAAUACCGACACAAAGGUACUUGAGGAAGUCUGCCCUCAAUUAGUGGAGUCUGCAACGCAAUUGCUGAGAGAAGAGAAUGCGACGAAUGUUGAGAAUUAUGUGACAAACAUCGAGAAAAUCAUCGGACAGUCACUCAAACGUCCCAACUUGUUCCAACAAUUUGUGAGGAACAACAACGACGUCUUCUUAAUGUUAAUUGGAGUUGCCGCGAAGUCCACAAAAAGUGAAGUGAAACAGCCGACAUUAGUCUUGUUACGAUGUGUCUUCUUGAUGAACGUCGACAGGAGUAUUCGCGAGAAACCAAUGGAACAUGGGGUGUCCCAGUUACAAACGAUCUUGAAUGAGAGACAAUUAGUAUGCGAAGACAUUGUGAAGAAUGCUGAAAAGGAGCGAGCCUUUGUGGAGAGUUUAGUGACGGACUUAUCGACACUGAAAAGCAUUAUAUCGUCUUCUUUGAGUGAAAAUGAUGAAACGGUCUUGAAAGAGUUGACUCGACUGAUAGAAGUGAUGGUGAUUCUUGCUAAUGACACGCAAAGAACUAAAAUUGCAGACUUGUUGUGGGCUUUGACCUCUAAAAUUGAGAACCCACCCGAACGCUUUGUCGAGUUACUUGGUGUUGUGAGCUUUUUUAAGGCAAAAACACACAUUAAAGUUGAUAAGAAUGUAGAGCAGUAUCUCGACUAA